AUGGGCCUCGCAGCAGCGGAGGGGGCCACCGAAGUCGGGGGCCCCCCCCUGACUUCGGGGGCCCCCCUUAAUUCUGAGGGCCCCCAGCCUUUGGGGGCCCCCGUUGGUUCUAAGGGCCCCCAGCCUGGGGGCCCCCAGUCUGUGGGGGCCCCCGUUGGUUCUGAGGGCCCCCAGGCUUUGGGGGCCCCCCUUAGUUCUGGGGUACCCCAGCCUUUGGGGGGCCCCCCGCCUGGUGAAUCUGCAGAGGGGCCCCCUAAGGGGGCCCCUAGGCGUCGUGAGAAGCGAGGGGGAUUGGGGUUAACUAGAGACACCCGAUAUACAGUAGAGCAGGUCUUAGAUAGGCGUACACUGCGACAUAUUAAGUCUAUCAGCAGAGCUGCAGCAGUUAGAAAGGUCUUCGGGGCUAUCAGCUGUGGGAAGGAAGCAAAUGUAUACUUUGCCCUUGGAGAAAGGGACAUGCAGCAGCAACAGCAGCAGCAGCAGCAGGAUGAGCAGCAGCACCAGCAGCAGCACCAGCAGGAUGAGCAGCAGCAGCAGCAGCAGCAGAGGCCGGAGGAGUGUUUGGUUCCCUUCGCUCUGAAGGUCUACCGGACGUCUAUUUUAUCGUUUAGAGAUCGCAGCAGAUAUGUCCAAGGAGAUUUCAGAUUUGAGCAUGCAUACUCACGCAACCGGAAUCCUCGUAAGAUGGUUACUGUUUGGGCGUUGAAGGAGCACCGCAAUCUGCUGCGCUUUGCGGCAGCAGGUCUUCCCUGUCCUGUGCCUGUCGCUUGCAAGAGCAAUGUGCUGCUGAUGCAGUUCGUAGGCACUGCUACCUACGGCAGCAGCAGCAGCAGCAGCAGCAGCAGCAGCAACGACAACAAUAGCAGCAGCAUGGGUGACUCGGGGGCGUCGAAUGCUGCAGCAAAACGAGAAGCAGAAACAGAAACACAAGACCUGAAGAAAUAUGAUGAAGAGACAGAGACAGCGACAGAAACAAAGACAGAGACAGAGAGAAGAGGCAAGGAGGAGACAGAGACGGAGACAGAAGAAGAAGGAGAAGAAGAAGAAGAUGAUGAUGAUGAUGAUGAUGAAGAAAGACCCUGGGGGUGUGAUGGUGGUGCUGCUGCAGAAGGAGCAGCAGUUGGUGCAGCAGCAGCUGCAGCAAACCGUCAAGAGGAGCUAUGGUGUACAGGCAGCUUCUCGUUCCCAUUCGAGCCUUCUCGUCUUUCUUAUUCUGCUGCUCCUCGACUGAAGGAUUUACCUUGUGUGGAGCGUGAAUUUGCUGCAGCAGCAGAAGCAGCAUGCGCGUGCUGCUGCAGCUGCUGCAGCUGGGGCAAUACGGAGGCUCAAACUGCAGCAGGGUGGCGUCUGCUGUACGUACAGAUGGUGCUGCUGCUGAGGGCUCUCUUCCAGCGAUGCCGUUCUGUUCACGGAGACUUCAGUGAAUAUAAUUUAUUAUAUUUUAAGGGGAUUAUUUAUAUGAUAGAUGUUAGUCAAGCUGUAGAGAGGGACCACCCCCAAGCCUUAGAUUUUUUAAAGAGAGAUUGUAAGAAUGCAACCGCUUUCUUCACGAAACGCUUGCAGGCAUGCAACAACAACAACAACAGCAGCAGCAGCAGCUCCAGCAGCAGCAGCAGGAAGAGUAACAGCGGGUUAUCUCUGUGCUUGUGUACGUCGCGAUGUAAGAAAAGCAGGGCUCAGUGGACAGCCUUCCCCCCUCUCUUUGAUCAGACUUCUCCUUUCUAUUCUCCUUUUCGCUUCUUCUCUGUACGAGAACUUUUUGAAUUCGUUGUGCGAGCAGACCUUCCUCCAGAACUUAAACUCUUCCUGCAGCAGCAGCAGCAGCAGCAGCAGCAGCAGCAGCAGCAGCAGGUCGGGGGAGGCGGGAGCAGCAGCAUGGAUGCUCGCAUGCAGGAGGCGUUGGCGCAGUAUUUGCUGUCGCGUUCUGAAGAUCCCGGUGGGGGAGAAGAAGCUGAAGGAAGUGACAGCGAGGUGGUUGCAGCCAGCAGCAGCAGCCGCAGCAGCAGCCAGAGCAGCAGCCGCAGCAGCAGCCGCAGCAGCAGGUGCUCCCCAGUGGAGCAACAAGUUGCAGACGCGGUGUUUCUGCAGAGCUGGAUCCCUACAACUCUACACGAUGUCUCUGACUUGGCUGCUUUAGAUAGAUAUGCUAAGGGGACAGCACUGCCGUAUGAUAAGGCGUUGCUGCUGCUGCAUGAUCUUGUACACAACCCCCCUACCCGCGAACGAAGCAGCAGCAGCAGCAGCAACAGCAGCUCCAGCAGCAGCAGCUGCAGCAGCACGGAAGACGCAGAGAGUAGUGGAGCCGAAGCAGACAGCAGUGAAGAAAGGAGGAGAAGGCCUCGGGGUCGUUCAAGAAAGAAGGAGGAGGAUAACGAAGAAGAUAUGAAGUUUACUGGCGUUAUACCCGAGGGGAUUUCAAGAAAAGAAUGGAAGAAGAAAGUAAAAGAAAUGAACAAAGAAAGAAGACUCCACAAAAUACCUAAACACCUCAAGAAGAAAUUCCGAAAAAAAGCUGCCAACAGAUAA